AGCCCUUUGGGCUCAAACGUACAGCUCUGAGUCCAGAUUCACCUGACCAACUCGCCCAACGGGGCUCCACGUUGCUUGGUUUCGCCUGAUUUGAUGGCCAUGGCAGCUGAACCGAUGGUGAAGCGCAACAGCAACAAGCCCCACAAGCCUCGAAUGUCACGCCGCAGUACAGACGGCGACCUGGGCGACAACCGCUUCUACCUGAAGAUGGACGCCGCAGUGGGGAAGACCCGCUCCGACGCCGCACAGGGGCCCAUCGCACUGGCGAUGCGUCGCUCGGAGCGGAAGGACGUGCUGGAACAAGAUGGUACAAGCUCCUUGCAGUUGGCACCCAUCGAAGGAGGCAGCCGACAGAGCUCCCACUCGCGGGCGCAAUCACACUCACGGGUCGGCAGCAAAGGUCGGGCAGGGAGCAAGUCCAAGGCCACGGCCUUGCCCUUCGAGGAGUUCCGCGCCCGGCGGCGCCAUUCAGGUGCCCUGGGGGAGUACUUGGCCUCUGGCCAGCACAUGCCAAGUCUCGGCUCGAACGGCUCAAAAAGCCCCACUGCAAGCCCCAGCAGUCCGGGAAAAGCCUUGCAACGCCGGGCAACCAUGCCAACGUUGGACGUGAGUAGCGAGGCGCUGGUGCUCUCGCGACAGCUCCACCUGGAUUUUCACGAAGUGAAGGGUGCCAUGAAGGAGAUCCGUGAUGGUCGGCAUCUGUCGAACGGUGGCAUGGACGAAGUGGCCUGGAGGUUUUGCAUGAAUCGCAUCUUUGGCAUGGAAGUCGAGGACAAGUUUGUCAAAGACUCCUACAAACUGUGUGAGGUGGGUGAGGGCCCAGUCGAUGCCAAGCUUUUCAUGACCUGGUACCGCGACCAUAUCUUCAACAUCGAGGCCAAAAAGCCCAAGCUGUGCGAGGGGGAUGAAUUGACCAUGGAACUGGCGAAGAAACAUCAUUGCUCCUACACCGACCUCACCAAGGUGAGACUGAAGUUCGACAGUUUCGAUCUGGACAAGUCCGGUGUCAUUGACUUCUUGGAGUUCGAGCACAUGAUUCACAAGCUCCUGCAUUGUUCGACCCGCUCCGACCUGCCCCCGAACCGCAUUGCACGCUUCUGGCACGAGAUCGACCGUGACAACAAUGGCACAGUGGAUUUCCAGGAGUUCACCGACUGGUACAUGAAAUACUUUGCCACGGCCAAGCAGGACGGUCCCAUCGAAGCCUUUUACGCCUCGUUCAUGCCCGGCUUCCAACGUUCCCAUGCUUUGGAGGUGAUGCAAGAGAACCCAGCGGCAAAACUGGAUGCUAAGGCGAUUAAGGCGGCUUAGGAGAGAUCACAACGACAAGAUGUGCUGAUAUCGGGCAAUCCCGGUGUUGUCUCAAAACACAGCUCACUUCACUGGUUGGGAUGGUCCAAAACAUCCUUCACCUCGUGAGGAGGGACGUUUUCCCUCUCGACCGCCGAGUCAGGUCAGAGAGUUGGGAGCAUUUGCUCCUUUGUAGAGGUAUCAGACCGUGGAUCACCCAGAGGAAGCCAAUGAAAAGAGAAUUCAGCAGAGGAGGAUAAUUAGCAGCAUGUUGGUCGUGACACGAGGUGGUAGUGUUUUCGGCCACCGCAUAGAACUUUCUUUAAACGGUUCA